GCUAACCUGUUGCCUGGUUCUUUUAUGUACAGCACUGGAAAGCUCCUUAACUUAGUCAGUUUGUGAACCACCGUGAUAUGACUGUCAUGAUCAGUUAUCAAGAUCAAGACUUACUAGGCUACAUGUUUAAUUUACAGGUGGAUGAACAGAGGUAUCCCAAUGGCUGCUGCAAGAUCUCAUUGUUCUUUAGGAUGAACAUCUAUUUCCGGAAUGAUGUAAUUGUCAAGGAGUAUGUCAGUGGCAUUAGUGGACUGAGGCCAUCUCAUUCCACUCCAAUUCAGUGGUGCCAUGGUUAUGAACACAGGGCUUAUAGACACAGGCACCACAACUGCAGCCUUAACUUCUUCAGCUGGUUCUACGACCACAGCAUUGUAGGAUCUACCCGAAUAGCAGAGAUCAUCAGUAAGGACCUGUGGCCCAAGCCUCUGCAGUACUACCUAAAGAAGAGGAUACCAGUACAAGCAAGUGUGAGAAGGGCAGCAGUGGAAAAUGUAAGAGGCUACGUGAGAAGAUGAAUCAUCUACAGUGAGCGUGGAUCUCGUGUCUGCAGCAUAAGAGGAGAACUGAGAUCUCAUAUAGAAAUUUGGAUAUAUCUGCAAACAAAUAAACCUAAUGCUCCA